GUUCGGGCUUAGAAUUACGCUCAAGGUUCAGGUCAGAGUCAGUGCCAUAGUGUGGCUCAAGUCCAGGGUUAUAAUUGAGGUUUUAAUUGAUGUCACUCUCUUUUUCUUCCUCUCUCUCUUCGUCGAUUCGAGUCGCGUGAGACGACGUUUAUGUUGUUCACCUGAACCCCGUGCUGUGAAGGACUCGGCAAAGCCAGUCGUAUGUCAUUGGUUCGCGUGACCCCUACCGCCACUAGAUAUCUCACAAUAGACACAAAUAAAAGUUUGAGAUCGACCUAGGGUGAGGUCCCGGAACGGUUCAUAUAGAGCACUCGCUACUGUUAGACGCGGCUAAGAAUCAAUCUCGGAUGAAUGUGGUUGUUAGUGAAGUGCGCUAACCUCUGCGCCACCGCUCCCUCCACACACGCUCAAUCUGUGUCAUGGGAUCACAAUCUCAGCGCUGCAAGCCGCUGUGUGUGAGCCAGGUGACUUCCUCCCCCUUCCCUCCCCCUCUUCCACUCUCCCCUCUUCUUCCUGAAGCCCCACACCUCGCGUCCCCCUUGUCUCCGUGUUGUCUUGCCUCCACUGUCUCCCGCGUCUCAUUCGUCCGCAUGUUCCGUGUACCCCCGUGAGUCCAAGCGAACCCCAUUAAGCCCGAAUGAGUCCCUGCAAAUCCCUGCGCGGUGGCAGUGCAGAUGGAUUCUUGAAUGCAUCUGUGCUGAGCUUUGAGUGUCACCCAUCGUUUGCGUGGUGGGGUUUCUUCAGGUUCUCCAUUGUCACCCCAUCCCUGCACGAAGUCAAACUCUGAUAAAUAAUGGAAUUCAUGGCUUUACAACCCAAUGUAGCAGAACCCUCCUAGAAAAGAGCCUUCAGACUCAGCGAAGCUCGCCUGGCUACAUACUUGGCAUCGUGAUAUCCAUAUCGAAAUCAGCUCAAGCCUUCCGUAAAUCAUGUAACUUCUGUGUGACUACACCCACUCUGAACCCCUCCCCCCGCCCCCUGUGAAAACACACGCUGAUCCUCCAUGCAGCUCCUCUCUUCUCUCUUCUCCCUUUCGUCCCUCCCCUCUCAUCAUCACCCUCUCAGCCUCGAUAUCUUGGCCCAGUCGAAUUUCUGUCUCCCCCUUUCUGCCUGGUGCACCACCUCCUCCUCCUCUCUCCCAGCUGCUCAUCUUGAGGCGCGCCCUCCUCUUUGUCCGUCUUGAGGACUUCCGUCCCGGCUUCCAUUCCCUCUCCCGUCCCUUUCUCUCUUUCCACUCAUGACAGCCUUGACUCUACUCCCCUCCCCGUGGUGGGGGAGCCACGGAUAGACAGUGCUGUGUGAGUUCAUUAAAACCACAAUGAAAUGGAACGUAUGUGCAACAUUGCCUAGAUGGCUAACACAGCGUACGGGUAUUAUUUAUGUAUUUGUUGGUAAUAUAGCGAGAGGAUGAAUUGCACCGGGAGAGAGGAGGUGCGGUCGUGAAUCAAUCCGCGUGAGCGCCGAGCGGAACCCGCGGAGCUCCGCGGGGCUGCGCUGCCUCCGCCACUGCCGCCUUCAUUCCAACCCGCGGCGUUGCCUCCCCCUUCUCAACUCGUCACACCUCCUCCUCUCCAGUCGACGCGACUUCGCCGAGAGGCAACCGCGGACGGGAAUUUCCGCGGGUCCUCGUUCAUCCGCGUCCUCUGAUAGGGGACCCUGGGCCUAGGGGGUCCCAGUGCUCCCCACGGGGAUCCCUCGGGGUUUAAACUUCGCUCGCAGGAGCUAAGACGCCUGGUGCCGAGGAUCGAAUUGGUUUCCAGUUGCUGCUGCUCCGCGUGCGUGUGCGUCAGAGUGAGCGCACUUGCACACAAGCAGCAGCAGCAGCUGCUCCUGGUGCUGCUGCUUUUGUGUGUUCGUGCGCGUCACUGUGAGCUCACACGCGUCCCUUGCGCUCCGCGGCGACAGCAGCAGGAGAAGAGGGAAGCCUUCAGAUGCAGUCACAGGUUCUUCAUCUUCAUCAACAUCCUCGGGGGAAAACACAAGACGAGUUGUUAUUAAGAGCGAUUUCAGAGUGUUCAUAUUCAUAGAGCAGCCACCUCAGAAUAACAAACAAAAAAAACAACAUACUGAAUAUUAAUCGUGGUAACAUCAGUCAUUUUGAUCAUCAUAAAUAGAGUACAAGUGAAUAUGAACAUAUAUACCAUCAUCGUCAUCAUAAUAAAACAUACGUUGUCAAUUAAAUCAGGAUAUCAUCAAUAGCGACUGCAUACAAAGUAUGAGGCGUAAUCUUAAAGUGAUAUAAUUAUUAUCAGUAGCAGCAGCAGAAAAUGAAAUGAGAGUUUUUAUAUAAAGUGAUAUCAUCAUCGUGGGAGGUGCAAUGGAAGCGCUGUGGACGAACGCGUCGCGACUCCCCCUGGGUUCUGCACUUGGCGACCCUGAAGCAUCAACCAACAUCACCACCAUCACGACGAACAGCAACACCAUCAUCAACAUCAUCAACAGCAGCAGCGCCAGCGGCGGCGGCGGCGACGAGGAGGAGGGCGCGGGCGAGGAGGAUCUGGACGUGAACACGGACAUGUACACGAAGCUGCUCGUCACCCUCCUCUACCUCUUCAUCUUCGCCGUGGGCACCGUGGGGAACGGCGCCACCAUCUACGUGGUGGCGCGCAAGAAGACGCUGCAGCAGCAGCUGCAGAGCACGGCGCACUACCACCUCGUGAGCCUCGCCGUGUCCGACGUGCUCAUCCUCGUGGUGAGCAUGCCCGUCGAGGUCUACAGCUUCAUCUGGUUCCACCACCCGUGGACCUUCGGCUCGUCGGCCUGCAAGGCUUACUACUACCUGCGUGACGCGUGCACCUACGCCACGGUGCUCAACAUCUGCAGCCUGAGCGCCGAGCGCUACCUCGCCGUGUGCCACCCUCUCCGCGCCAAGGCCCUCAUGUCCCGCCAGCGCGCCAAGGCCCUGCUGGGCCUCGUGUGGGUGGCCUCCUUUCUGCUGGCACUGCCCAUGCUGUUCGCCAUGGGCACGGUGGAGAAGAUGCACAGGAAGGACGGCACGGCCGACCCGAGUGGCGUGGUGUGCACCAACGUGGCGAGCGAGCUGGACCUGAAGAUCAUCCUGCAGAUGAACGCGCUCACCGCCUUCCUGCUGCCCAUGCUGCUCGUGUGGGCUCUCAACUCGCUCAUCGCGCGCUGCCUCCUCCUCAUGCUGCGGGGCGCGGCGGCUCCCGGCGCCGGAGGAGGGGGGGCAGGAGGGGGGCUGCGCCUGCAGCAGGGCGCCCCCAGGGCGGCGCACCGCGCACCCUCGCACGGGGACGGCUGCGGGGCCCCGGGGUCCCCUCGCGGCUCGGGGUCCCGCGGAGCCUCACAGGGACCUGGAGCUCUGCGCGCGCGAGGUCCCCGCGGGGACACCGAGAGCCUCUCGCUGGGAGUCUCCCUGGAGCCGUCGCGAGUCCACGCGCUGCGCCACGGGGUCGCCGUGCUGAGGGCGAUCGUGGUGGCGUUCGUGGUGUGCUGGCUGCCCUACCACUCGCGCCGCCUCAUGUACUGCUACGUGCCCAAGGACUGGUGGACUCUCCGGCUCAACAACUUCUACCACUACUUCUACAUGCUCACCAACGCGCUCUUCUACGUCAGCUCGGCCGUCAACCCCGUGCUCUACUACCUCGUGUCCGCCUCCUUCAGGAGCGCCUUCCUCGCCACGCUGCACUCCCUCGCGCUCUGCGGACGCCCCUGGCGAGGUGGGUCCGCUCCUCGCUGGGGGGGGCGAGCAAGGAGGAGGAAGGGCCGAGGCCGGUGCGAGGGGCCCUCGGGAGAGGGCCCCGGCUCUCUGCUGCAGGGGGACUCGGCGCGGAGGGGAGGAGGGGGCUCCUCGGCGCUGCUGCGCCUGCACGGCGUGGGGGCCCCCAGAGACUCGAGUCCCAACACGGGGGAAUCUAGCAUCAGCAUCUCCACCAUCGACGCGCUGCGGUGACCGCGCAGUCCAAAUGGGGGGGGAGGGCGUGGUAGAAGGGGACAACGGAGGGCUCAAGGUCAAAGGUCAACGCGAGUUGCUGUUCAAACGAGCAUCGGUGCUCACCUCCAGUUGACAGCCCUGAGCCAGUGAUGGAAAUUCCACGUUCCCAUGGCGGGGUGAGUCCAUUAAUUGCACAACCACUGUUGACACCCCCUACUGAGUGGUACUCACUUUAUCGACCCCGCAGACAUGGUGGGCUGAGCAAACAUUCAACCAGGAUUUUAAACUCUUUAGUAACCACAGUUAGUGGCGUACCAGUGGGACAUUCAGACACUGGUUAUGCAAUGGUGGGACAAUGGUGGGACACAGUACCAAUGGAGGAACAAUGGGACGAUCGUGGGACAGAAUGGGAAUGAGCUGGACAAUUGGUGUCAUAGAGAUAUGCACGUCACGCUUUUGUGAGCCACGUUCGAGAUACUCAUUUUCUGUCAAUGUGUGUACUGUCAGUUUAACACGUAGGCUUUCGCGACCAAUAUCCAUAAUUUAGGGUUUCUGGGUUAGAUCGCGUAAAUAUAAAUGUGUCGUUAAACCCGCCACCACUCGAAACAGCCAAUUAAGGUUUAUCACGGAAACAGAACAUGGCAAUUGGUUACUAGUACAGCACACUAGUGUGUAGUACGACGUUUUGCCAGUAAUUACAACUAGCAUCAUCAGGCGACAGCCAGAUCGCCUGAUGAUGUUACGUGAUAAACCUAACUAAUUGGCCGUGUCGGGUGGUGGCGGGUUUAACGACACAUUUACGCGUUCUAACCAAAACAACUCAUUAUGGGUGUGUGUAUUGUGUAUGUGAAGCGGUGGCGCAGUGGUUAACACGCUGCAUUACGAGCCCGGCGGCCAACACCAGCCGCGCGUUUUCUCGACAGGGCCUUGGUUCCCCCUGAACCCCCCACGAGGAGCCCCCCCCCCGCCACGCCCUCUUUGUUGUUUUGGUGUCGGUGCAGUUGCACCGCCUGCACACCCGAUAGCUACGGUACUCGCCGUGAAUGAGUACCUGCUGCUGCGAUACGUAAACAUCAAUCGUGGGAGACGAAGGCAACCGAGCGUGGCGCUCAUCGCACCACUGUCGUGCGCCGUGCCGACCUGACCAGGUGCUCCCUAACAGCUCUUGCCACUAGUCACCUGUGCAGGAUCUUUGUUUGUAUCAUAUGUACGAUAUGUGAGAGCUCUUAACUUAUUUCCCGAGUACACGGAAUAUGUGUACGCUAUAUAUCGGGGAGCGGUGACGUGCAGUGGUUAUAGGUGCUCGCUAACAGCACUGGCCCAACAGUCUGUUACAGGCGAUACGGGAAUCUGUGUCGUUGUACUCCACGUGUACACGGUAUACAUUCUGUGCGUAUGCUCUGGAUAUGCAGAACCGCGCGGUCUAGCGAGGUAUUCACACAGCAGUAGACACUCUGUAGUUAAAUGAUGGUGAUUGUGCAAGCAAAAGUGUUGUAUUGUGUUUAAAAUGGUGUGUACAUUUACAGCAGUGGAGAUACAAAGGCGGCCGGACGCACGUGUUUCUGGUCCCAGCGUCGUGGCGUCGCUCGCCGGCCGCCCAGUGUGGGGUUGCUCUCCUCUCGUCUCGCGACAAUGGACGUUGGCCAAACAUCCCAAAUGUCGCAGGAUCCCCCUCUUGUCAAACGCGCGUCUCGCACUCGUAAAUGAAAGAAUUACGGUACUCCCUGGGUGGUCCGCGGGGCAUCAACACCCCCACCACCCCAUCACUGCGGUGCUUGUUGUUGCUGUUGUGCUCGUAGGGAGCAGUCACAUAAUCUUCAUCGAUUUCCUGAGCGGGGAUUUAUCACCGGGUUUGAUUAUCGCUCGAGUUGUUGGAAUAAGCGGCGUUUAUUUCAUUAAAAAAGAUUGUCGGACCAAUGAAGGAUAUCUCGCCCUGCCUGUGAUGAGACGCAUCUGGCUCAUCGUAAUUAUCGAACUCGCGUUGCGAUGCACGGGUUUGUAAGGGUUGGUGGAUCACGCCGUGAUUUGAGAAACUCAUCUCACCGAGCGGAAAAGAUGGCCAUGAGAUGGAACAGCAAGUGGAUUCGUGAACCCAUCUGUAAGCGGAAUUGAGUGUCACCCUCCCCUAUGGAAAGUGGUUUUCCUUCGGGUUCUCUGGUUCCCUCCCCCGAGAAGCCAAACUCUCAUUCACCUGGAAAUGCCCCAACGUCUCAAUGUGGCAGGACCCUCCUGAGGAGUCUUGGGGCUCAAACGAAGACUGUUCUGGCAUUAUCAUUGUAAAAGUUACGUCUGAACCCCCCCCCCCCCCCCGUGAUUCAAGUCUCAACGUAGGGCUGACCGCGCCUCCCAGUGUCUGCUGCUGCUGUGCCUCGUGUCCACCUCGUGUCCACCUCGUGUCCACCUCGUGUCCACCUCGUGUCCACCUCGUGUCCACCUCCCCUUGCUCCGGUUUCUCCGUUGCCUACACGAGCCCAAGUGCAUCAUUAGCAUAUAAUUUGCAUAAGCUGUGGACACCCCGUGUUGGCCGCGAGCAGGAAUCGAACUUGGGUAACCGGGUUCAUAGCGCAGCGUAGCGCUAACCGCUACACGAUCGCACACACACACACGAUGCACACGACACACAGACGCACAGGCAGGCGAGUGAGCGAGCUCACACUGAAAGCUUUACUCGAUGCCGUCUCGGACGAGACGCGUCGCGGCGCCGCGCACAAGCCGAGAGUAGGAGACGCGGCGCCUUCUCUCGGCCACGCGGGGUUCCCUGAGGUAGGCGCGGAUUGUAAACGACAGCUCCACGAAAACAACAUUUACAAUCUGAACCGAAACAUCGUCGUCGUCGUCAUCAUCAUCAUUACUACAGUUAACACAAUUCUUCACCUCCAGAACGAAAAAAAUCACUUCCCCCCCCCACCCGCCGCCCUCCCCCCAGACUUCUUUAUGUCUAAAAUAACAAACGCGCCCCUUUGCUCCCCCAAAUAAAAAAAAACGUUGAUUGAAAAUGCGCAGUGGAGAAACGAGAAUUGGGAGAGGGUCGCUCCCAAGGUAAAGAUGGGAAAGGGGAACACGGGGAAGAGCAGAGGACGGAGGUGGGGAGGACAGUCGGGGGGAGCAGCGGGAGGGAGUAGCGAGCGAACAACCGCACGGGCUCCUUCAAACCCCGGUGCCUGCUGCGUGCAGCGGCCAGCUCGCACGCAC